AUGGAGCUGAUCGUCAAGGAAGCUCGAAAAGUAUGGAUCCCAAAUCAUCCAACGCAUGGAUACAGGCCUGGGCAAGUGGAUGAUAAUGCGGACGAGGGUGAUCACUUGCUGGUCAUUGACAUUGAAGGGAAGAAGUUUCAGGUGCCCAAAGCGGAGGCGCUGGCAGUAGACCCAGCAUGCUUGACUGGCGUGGACGACCUUCUCACUCUCGGUGACUUCAACGAACCUGCCUUGCUUCAUAACAUCCGAGUCCGGUACGAAGAGGACAAGAUAUACACUGGCAUUGGCACUCCGAUCCUGAUCUCAGUGAAUCCCUAUCAGAACAUCGAGGGCCUAUACAGUGUGGAGCGAAUGCGGGAAUACAAGCGCUUUGCAGCCAAAGCUCCGAGCCAGGCAGGAGGCGGCUUACCCAUUCACCUCUAUUCUGUCGCGGAUGCUGCAUAUCGUGCGAUGCUGCAAGAGAAGGCGAGCCAGUCCAUUAUCAUCUCAGGCGAAAGUGGAGCUGGCAAGACGGAGGCCACCAAGCGCAUGCUGGCCUACCUCGCUGAACUGCAGUCCUCGAAGCCCCACGACUUAGGACAGCGAACACGCUCGGUUGAGUCGCAGGUUCUGGAUGCCAACCCCGUUCUUGAAGCCUUCGGCAACGCAAAAACUGUGAGGAACGACAACUCAUCCAGAUUUGGCAAGUUCAUUGAAGUGGAGUUUGAUGCCAAUGGGAAGUUGCUCAGCGCACAGAUUUCCAACUACCUGUUGGAGAAAUGCCGCAUUGUGACGCAACAGCCCGAGGAGCGCAAUUAUCACAUCUUCUAUCAGCUGUGCGCUGCCGCCAAGAAGGGUGCUGAUCUUCCCGCGGGGCUACAGCUCCAUGCAGCCGAAGACUUUGAGUACAGCAAGGUUUGUCCCACCAUUUCGGGUGUGGACGACGUUGCGGAGUUUGCCGCAGUCCUGGAGUGCAUGGUCAGCCUGGGUUUCUCCCAAGAGGAGCGCGACACAAUAUUUCGGGUCAUCGCCGCAGUGCUUCAUCUCGGCGAAGCCCAAUUUACGCCUUGUCCCAGAGAAGGACAGGAUGGCAUCUCUGUGGCCAACGACAGCUCGGUAUCCCUCUCGUGUGAGUUGCUGGGCCUUCCUCUGGAGCAAAUGCAGGAUGUCCUCGAGCACAAGACGCUGGAGGACCCGCUGACGAGGAAGAUCAUCCACAUGCAAGAUGCGGCAUCUGCAUCGUUUACUCGCCACUCCAUGGCCAAAGUCAUCUAUGCUCGUCUGUUUGACUGGCUAGUCUGGCGCAUCAAUGAAAGCAUUUGCAACAAAGGGUUGCAGAAGGAUGUCCGAAAAAUCGGCUUGCUGGAUAUCUAUGGUUUCGAAGUCUUUGAGUGGAACUCGUUUGAGCAGCUUUGCAUAAACUUCGCCAAUGAGAAGCUUCAGCAGCAUUUCAAUAUGCACAUGUUCACUCUUGAGCAGCGGCUCUACACAUCAGAAGGUAUUACAUGGGAUCAUAUACAGUACCAGAACAACCAGCACAUCAUCGACACUUUGGAACGCAAACCGCUUGGAUUGUUUUGCUUGAUCGAUUCCGAGUGCUUGAUGCGGUCCGCCACCGAUGCGACUCUUCUUUCCAAGAUUCAGAACUCGUACAAGAACUCCAAUGUCAUCUCUAAGGCCUCCAGAUUUGCAACAACAGAGUUCAAGGUGUCGCACUAUGCCGGCGAUGUGGUUUACAGUGUGGAUACUUUCCUUGAGAAAAACACGGAUAAACUCCAUGCCGAUGUGGUCGCCUUGUUUAAGGAGUCCAAGCUUGAGUUGGUGAAGAAGCUGUUCACUGACCCUCGCUUCUCGCCCGAGGCCAAGCCUGCUGGUGGGCCGCGCCCGCUGCGGCGCCAGACCACGCGCAACAUGGAUGACCAGCGGCGAGAGCGGCAGAACGUGACGGUCAGCAUGAUGUUUCGAGAGCAGCUGGAUCGACUGGUGGAGGAUUUGAACAAGACGAAUCCGCGAUACGUUAGAUGCAUCAAGCCGAAUGCGCUGAAGCAGCCAAACGAGCUGGAUUCUCUGGACGUCCUACGGCAGCUGAGAUGUGCAGGCAUGCUUGAGGCCAUUCGCAUUCGAAGAGCAGGCUAUGCGGUUCGCAGACCUUUUAAAGAGUUCUUCUCAAGAUUCCGCGUCCUUGCCCCGCACUUGGUGGCCGCGGGGUCAGAUCCUGACUACAGGAGCCUCUGCCAACGACUGGUGACUGAGGUUGAGGAACGAGUCUGCAAACAGGGUGUGGCCUUGGAGGAGAAGUCAUGGCAGAUGGGUCAAACACGCGUCUUCAUGAAGGAGGAACUGGAAAGACGCAUGGAGCAAAUGAUUGUUGAGUCUGCCAAGCGGCAGGUGCAAACAAUUCAGCGAUGCUGGCGGGGCUUUGCCCAAAGACGGAAGUUCCAGCAGCUCCGCAAUGCGGCCCUUCAAUUCCAGGCGGCUGCUCGCAUGGCUCUACGUGCCCGGAGCUUCCAAAGCCUACGUUCUGCAGCGCUGGAAGUCCAAGCUUCGCUGAAGGCGAGUUUGGCAUCAGCUCAUCUCCAGAGGCAAAAGAUAGCGGCUACCGAGAUCCAGGCAGCUUUGCGCACGUUCGGGGCUCUUGGGGCACCGCCAGAGCCCAGAGAGGACUUGUCGCCAGGUCCAGCAGCUUCACCUGUGCGUGACCUGGAGACGAGCGUGCGCAAGCUGGAGGCAUCACCAAAGACAGGCCUCGGCACAGUGAACCUGGAUGCCAGCAUCAGGAACGCUGCGCUUAACUUGGGUGGAGGAGGUGCGCUGGACUCGUUGCGGUCUGAGCUUAUGGCAAGACUCGAGGGCGGUGGUCGAGACGCAGGUGUCGAACCUGGGCAUCCGCUUAGCAGCUCACUGCGGCAGGUUGCGGCAGAAGGCCUGUCGUUCAAGGACUCAGCUGUAAAAAACGGAAAGUCACCUGUGCAACGGAUCCCAGACGAGGAGGAAUUUCCCAUGCGGAAGACCAUCAUCAAUCAGCGGAAGAUCAUGGAGCAAUUGCAGCAACAGUUCAAAGAUGCCCUGGAUAAGCCGGACGAGGAUGAGAUCAAGCCUUUGGAGUUGGACGGAGAGGCCAGCCGGGAGCAGAUGCAGCAGCUUCAGGACGAGAUCAAGAAGCUCCGAAGGGACAUCGGGACGCUUAAAGCGAGCCUCAGCAGCUGUCAACAGGAUGGUCAAGCUCGGGCAUUAGAAGCAACCGAGUACCUGGAGCAGGUCAGCUCACUGAAAGCCCAGUUGGAAGACAUCCGCUUCGCACAUAGAGACGAGCUGAAUGUGGAGCGCAAGCAGACUCAGGAUCUGAGGGGCGAGGUCGACAGGCUGAACAAGCGAUUGCAGGACAAAGAAGGUGCCAUGCCGGCUGUUCACUGGCGGUCAGAAGCGGAGCAAGCUGCCAUCAGUUGCCAUGCCGAGAAGGAGAAGUCCAACACACGAGCGGCUGGAAGAGCUGGAGAGAAGCCACAAGAGCUUGGAGCAGCAAAGAUCCAUGCUGAACAAGGCACGUGA